UAGUUCACUGUAUUAUAGCUUUCAAUCUUCGUAAAGGGAGAUAAGGCAAUAAACUUCCGGUGUUAUUGAGAUUCGCGACCGAAUAUGAACUUGAGCUAACACGAGGAGUUGUAACCCUUUCAAUCAAGAUGUUUGGAAAUAUUUUGCGGAACAGUAUUCCAUGUAUUUCAAAUAUCACUUCUACUGGCUUUCCCCGGACAUUUUGCACAACGCAAAGUCUUUGUGAAAUUCGCAAGCUUGCAAGAAUGCGUGUUGUCGACAAUAGUGCAAUUGGCAGAGCUGCAGCUGCUGCAGGUCGCCCAGCACGUGUGAUCCAAGUCUACAACAAAAAGGGAGUUGGAAUGAUAGGUGACAAAAUACUGGUUGCCAUAAAGGGACAAAAAAAGAAAGCAUACAUUGUUGGACUGAAGCAAACGCAAAAGCCUCUGAUGCCUAGGUUUGACACAAACAACAUAGUUCUUGUUGAGGACAAUAACAGCCCCACAGGUACUCGGAUCCGUGUUCCAAUUCCCUCACAGCUAAGAGGCCAAGGAAAGGAAUUUACAAAAAUUCUUGCAAUAGCAUCAAAAUUUGUGUAGCUACACAUCUUAGCAAACAUUUUCUUUUUGUACAUAAAAUAUUGAAAAUUGUU